AUGUCUUCUCAGACCACCAACAACCGCUCCGACUGGAGUGCGUCACAGUACUUGAAAUUCGAGGACGAACGGACUCGACCUGCUCGGGACCUUCUCUCGCAGGUCCCUAUCCAAAACCCCAAAAUUGUCGUGGAUCUCGGCUGCGGACCAGGCAACUCCACCGCCGUUCUCGAGGCCAGGUAUCCCGAGGCCCACAUCGAGGGGAUUGACUCCUCGCCGGACAUGAUUCAGAAGGCUAGAUCAGUCCUCCCGAGUCGGGACUUUUCUGUUCAGGAUCUGGAAUCCUAUGCCCCCGCGCAGCCCGUGGAUCUAUUCUACUCCAAUGCCGUGUUGCACUGGCUGAAGGCACCAACCCGGCUGAGGGUGAUUCAGAAUCUGAUCAAGUCCCAGCCAUCCGGUGGUGUUUUUGCCUUCCAGGUCCCGGAUAACCUGUCCGAGCCUUCGCAUGCUCUGGUGAGGGAAACUGCCGAGCAGGGUCCUUGGGCUGGUGCUUUGCGGGACAUGGACCGCGAUCCCUUCCAGUCCCCGCAGGAGAUCUAUGAUGCGCUCAAGCCGCUGUGUUCGACUGUGAAUAUCGUGAAGACAGAAUAUUACCACCCCCUGGCAGACCACAAGGCAGUCAUAGAGUGGGUCAAGGGGACUGGUUUGCGACCCUAUCUCGACCCGUUGACAUCAGCGGAUAAAGAGUCGUUCCUGGAUAGGUACUUGAAAGCAUUGAAGAAGGCGUACCCCAUCUCCGUGGAUGGGAAGGUCCUGCUUCGUUACCCUCGGCUAUUUGUGGUGGCUGUCAAGGAAUAA